AUGUAUUUCUCAGAUGAAUUGUCCGCGCAAAUUCAGGCUCAAGGCCUUCUUGGCGUGGUCCCUGCCGUCGAGGACCUCAGCAGCUUAGAGCAAUGCAGUGGCUGUGGCCAUGACUUGCACAUCGUGGCGGAACUAGCUUGGAGCCAUGGCGAGAACUGCAUGCAAGUUGUCCCUGCUUCGCAGAGCCAAGACCAAGCGUUUGAUGCUCCUGAGACGUGUCCACAAGCAUGUACCUGGUCUAGUUGGGAGGAGAUUCCUUUAGACACCGUCUUUCCACUAAGUGCUGCCCUUCAAGAAUCGUCCCCAGCAUCUGACAAGAGGGGCGGCUCAAGGUCGGCGGUCCCUUGUGCUCAAAACCCAAGCGAUAAAGCGACUGAGGAGCUGCAGGCUCAGGCAAAAUUGGUAAGCUCAGAAGCAAGUACGAAGCCCAUGGGAAUCCUCAUAGUUGACCAUGCACAAUUUUUGCUCCAGGAGCGCCGCCGGGCUCAAAAUCGCGCAUCACAGCAGGCAUUCCGCGCGCGCAAAGAAAGCCACAUAAGAGCGCUUGAGAAACGGCUCGAGGUAUUGAAGGCCGCACACGAAUCAAUUCUCACAGAUUUUACACGCAGACAGGCCGAGAUCGAUCAGUUAAAGACGAGAAUUGCAGAGCUCGGUGUUGAAUUAAAUCUUCUCUCAUGUACACACAGACAUUGUGAAGACGGACCACACUCGGCCGUUAAAUCAGAAUUUGAUAUUGACUAUCGAUUCUGA